GGGUACAGCAAUAGUACCUCGGACAACAUGCGACCCUAUAUUAAUAUAUCAAGUGAUGUGGGUCGUACAUCACAACUACCAUCACCACAGGCUACUUCUCUAACUCGAACUCGUCGUAAACAUUUUAGAAGUCUAAUUAAUAACUACUCAGUAAGUGAGAAGAUAGAUUUAACGUCUCCAACAUCCAGCCCAGCUCGAACGACACACCAUAAUACAGUUAUUCAUCCCACUAAUACCGAGAAAUAUCAGGGCACAGCAAUACUAGCUCGGGGCAACAUGCGACCCUAUAUUAAUGCAUCCAGUGAUUUAAGUCACACAUUACAACUACCAUCACCACAGGCUACUUCUCUAACUCGAACUCGUCGUAAACAUUUUAGAAGUCUAAUUAAUAACUACUCAGUAAGUGAGAAGAUAGAUUUAACGUCUCCAACAUCCAGCCCAGCUCCAACGACAUACCAUAAUACAGUUAUUGAUCCCACUAAUACCGAGGAAUAUCAGGGCACGGAAAUAGUACCUCAGGGCCACAUGCCACCCGACAGUACUUCAUUCAGUGAUUUAAGUCAUCUACCACCACCACCAAUGGCUAUUUUAUUAAAUCCAAUAUUCAAUCAUGACGUUAUGUCAUACUCCAAUGAAAUGUAUCAAAACUUCAUAGAAGAUGGCUCAAACAACAGUCGAGAAUUACAACAGUAUCAACAGCAACAGCUAACUUAUACUCAAACUCGUCGUACAAUUGUCAAUAGUUCCACAUUAAAUGAAUCGAUUGAUUUAAUAUCUCCACCAACUAGCCCAGAUCCGACAACGCAACUAAAUACAGUUAGCCAUCCUACUUUUACCGAAGAACUUCAAAAUCAUGAAGAGAUUAUACAUGACUCAUCAAAUAUUAGUGAAUAUCAGGGCACGGAAAUAGUACCUCAGGGCCACAUGCCACCCGACAGUACUUCAUUCAGUGAUUUAAGUCAUCUACCACCACCACCAAUGGCUAUUUUAUUAAAUCCAAUAUUCAAUCAUGACGUUAUGUCAUACUCCAAUGAAAUGUAUCAAAACUUCAUAGAAGAUGGCUCAAACAACAGUCGAGAAUUACAACAGUAUCAACAGCAACAGCUAACUUAUACUCAAACUCGUCGUACAAUUGUCAAUAGUUCCACAUUAAAUGAAUCGAUUGAUUUAAUAUCUUCACCAACUAGCCCAGAUCCGACAACGCAACUAAAUACAGUUAGCCAUCCUUCUUUUACCGAAGAAUAUCUAAAUCAUAUAGAGAUUAUGAUGCAUGACUCAUUUUCGUCUACUGAAUAUCAGAUCUUUGUGACAGAAAUCAAUCGGGAAAAAAUCUACUGCAUAAACUCUAUGCCAUAUGAUAGUACAAUCUUAAUGAUAGGCUUGAAAUACCUGAUUAGUGAGCAUCUUCCUAUGGGCUCAGUCACAAAAUGUGUUAAUAUCUUACAAAAUGGUUUAAAAAUUCAGCUAACUAGAGCGGAUAGUGCACAAUUGAAUUUGUUGUUUGUGCAAAGAAUUGACGUUUUGAUGAACCCAGAAAACGCCAUGAUGGUCAGGGUGCAAGAUCUCAAGCCAGUAUUUAAACAGCUAAAGUCAUUGAUGAGACUACCUUGUCUUAGAAUUUCUAAUGUUUAAUUACAGCUACUGUUAUUGUACAAAUUAAAUAAUUAAAUUAUAUUUUUUAUCAA